GUGCAAUUUCGUCCUUUAAAGAUAUAUAAGAUUUGAUCACGAAAAUUUUUCAAAUUUUUUUCACUUCCAACUCCGAAUUUUUCUCCAUUUAUACCCUUCCUUAAUUCACACUCUAAAGCCUCAACUAAAAAAAAUAGUAACCUACCAUAAUGCACUACAACACAAAGAUCAUGAAGAUCCUCACCGUCGCCAAGGAUAUGCCGUCCACCACCAAAGCAAUCGUCGCCGCCGCCGCCUCCACCGCGGCCACGGUCAUGGUCAUCCGCACCGUCGCCAGGGACUGUCUGCCAACGGAGCUACGUAACUAUAUUUACUACAAACUCAACAAUUUUGUGCAGUUUUUCUCGUCAACCCUAACCCUAGUUAUCCAAGAAUACGAUAGCUUGAACCAUAGCCAUCUUUUUAAAGCUGCAGAGCUUUAUCUUGAGCCCAUUAUUUCUCCGAACACGAACCGGCUCAAGAUUUCACUGCCGAGUUUAUCGGAAAGUAAAGUCUCGGUUUCUUUAGAUAAAAAUCAAGAAAUCUUUGAUACGUUCAGAGGAAUCACAUUGAAAUGGAAGUUGGUAUCGAGAGAAGUACGUGCAAAUCAUGUUCCGGGCUCGAGUAGUUCUAACCAGGUAACCGAACAUAAAUAUUUUGAAUUGAGUUUUCACAGGAAGCACAAGGACAUGGUUCUUGAUGAUUAUAUAAAGAAUGUGAUUCAAAAAUCUAAAGAAAUUAGAGCUGAGAAAAAGAAAUUGAAGAUUUUUACGUUGAGGCAAGAUAUGGCGAUGGUUCGGAGAGGAAAUGUAUGGCAACCGGCGAAUUUCGACCACCCUGCAACUUUUGAUAUAUUAGCAAUGGAUAUGGAGUUGAAGGAUAUGAUCAUUAAGGAUCUUGAUAAGUUUGUGAAGAGGAGGGAUUAUUAUAAGAGAGUUGGUAAGGCUUGGAAACGGGGGUAUUUGUUGUAUGGACCGCCCGGGACUGGGAAAUCGAGUUUGAUUGCUGCAAUUGCUAAUCAUCUAAAGUUUGAUAUAUAUGAUUUGGAGCUGACUGAUCUUAAGGUUAAUUCUGAUCUGAGGAAGUUGUUGAUUUCGACCGGAAAUAAGUCGAUACUUGUCGUUGAAGACAUUGAUUGCUCAAUUCAGUUGCAGAAUAGGAGUGUAGAAUCAAGAGUUAUUCCUGUUCCUCAUCGUCUGAAUCAAGGUCCUGCUCCUUCGGAAAAGCAGCCUCAGAUGACUCUAUCAGGGCUGCUAAACUUCAUGGACGGAUUGUGGUCGAGCUGUGGAGAUGAAAGAAUCAUAAUUUUCACUACCAAUCACAAAGAAAAGCUUGACCCAGCACUGUUACGCCCAGGUCGAAUGGACAUGCAUAUUCACAUGUCUUAUUGUACCCCGUAUGGAUUCAAGAUUCUGGCAUCCAACUACUCGGGAGUCACAGAGCACCCGUCUUUCGAAAGGAUUGAGGAGCUGAUAAAGAUAACAAAGGCAACUCCUGCAGAAAUAGGUGAGCAACUGAUGCAAAAUGAGGAACCUGAGAUUGCUUUUGGAGGGCUCAUUGAGUUCCUAGAGCACAAGAAGGCUGAAGAAGAUAAGGCAAAGAAGAAGACGGUCACAAAAAGGAAGACACAGAGUGAUGAAAGAACAGCUACUAAAAUGAAGGAAGAGUCAGAAAGAUCAGAAGCGGAUACAUCGCAAAAGACCGAUCAAAUGGAGAAAGAAAGCAAUUAGAAGAAAUAUUAAGUAUCAAAAAUAUAUAUAUUAAGUGAAACAAAGCAUGGUAU